CGACGACUGCUUGGUUUCCCGCCGAAUACACAGUCAAGCUUCCAACUUUGAGUCCGAUUGCUAUUACACAAACCUAACUUGAACAUACGACGCCUUACAUGCCCAGUUGACCACCAACACUCCAGUCAGCCACAGGACUUUCUUCGAACCGAGGGGAGGAGGACCUCAACGCUUACUCCCAACCCUGACCAUACUAGACGUCGAGCAUGAGCACGCAAGGAACCGCAUCCUCCGAUUACUACGACAAUGAUCCAGAAUUUCUCAAGGCUUUGAACGAGGCCGUCAUCGACAUAGAUGACCAGCAGACUGCUCCCUCUCGCAGGACUCCGCCGCCUACUGAGCGACCGACUCCCGCUAGGCUUCCAUCCUCAAAACGAGCACGCACACCAGACAGCGAUGAGGAAGGGGUGAACUAUCAUGGGGUCCUCGGUUCUGUGGGCGCCGGUGGUCAUAACACAACAUACCUGGACAGUCACACUUAUGGAGCGGCUCGUUUCGGGGAAUUUGGCGAGUAUAUGGCAAGGAAGCGGGCCAAGCUACAGGUCCAAAACGCUGAGAUGGACACGGACGAGGCGGAUGCGACGCUGAGAAUAUUCAAGGGGCUACAGAUUUAUAUCAAUGGAUGGACUGAACCAUCCGUUCAGGACCUGCGCGAGCUUAUCAUCAAACAUGGUGGCAUCUACCACCCUUACCUGGACAAGAAGGGCUUGGUAACGCACAUCAUCACAUGCUCUCUGACACCCGCUAAAGUACGCGAGUUCAAACACAUGAGGGUUGUUCGUCCGGAGUGGUUGGUCGAAAGCGCAGAGGCGGGACAGCUGCUGCCUUGGCAAGAUCACAUUUUCAGGGCUGGAGAGCGCGUAGAGGCCUCUCAAGGCAGGAAAGUCGGACAACGAUCGCUGUUCGACGGGUUUGCGUCUCAGGCAGUUGAUGCUACGCGUAAACCUGGUCCGUCUGCAGCUAUGCAACCAGUUUCAGCCUUCGUCGCGGAUGCACAACCCGUAGCCGGGCCCUCGCGCAUUGCAGACGCUGUCACGCCUCCGAGCACACCCCCUCGUACACCUAAGAGCAAGAGAAAUGAAGAGUCCCCUCGACCGCUCUCCACGUCCGACCCGUCGACACCUGAACAAGCUUCUCGCGUUCCCGGUUACGCUGCACACAAGUCGAAUAUCGCCGCUCAGCGAGCAAUGGCCGAUCCUGCAUGGCGGGCCGCGCACACGUCAGUGGCCCCGAACUUCAUCGAAGGCUACUACAAGAACUCGCGCUUGCACCAUCUAUCGGCGUGGAAGGCAGAGCUGAAGAACCUCGUCGCGGAGGCCCAGGAGCGCAUCGAGGACGGUACUGCAUCUACGUGGGGCCGUAUGCCGGACGGUGAUGAGAGCGCCGUGAGCAAGAUCAUACACGAGAACAUCGGUGGGAAGGUGAAGUCUGGCGGUGACGUCUCUAUGAAGGGCGCGCAACUGGUCAUGCGGUCACCAAGAGGAAAGGGAAAACCCAAGGCGACGGACGACGAAGAGCGGGUCAUCAUGCAUUGCGACUUCGACAGCUUCUUCGUUUCGGCUGGUCUGCUUGACCGCCCGCAUUUGCGCGGGAAACCUGUAGUCGUGUGUCAUUCGCAAGGGAAUCAGGGAGGAGCCCCGAGUACUAGUGAGAUCGCCAGUGCUAGUUAUGAGGCGAGAGAUUUUGGCAUCAGGAGUGGAAUGAGUUUGCAACAAGCCCGAAAGCUAUGUCCGACCCUCAUGACCGUUCCAUACGAGUUUCAAAGAUACAAGCAGCUCUCGCUACAAUUCUACACCAUUCUGAUGGCGCACGCGGACGACUUGCAAGCUGUCUCCGUGGAUGAGGCGUUGAUAGACGUCACGAGUAGCGUGGACAGGAUCAACACCGAGUUGGCGCAUAGUCAGGAUUCGAACUCCUCGCUUGUCGAUCCCGCGAAGGAUUUCGCAGAGGCUAUUCGAGCUCAGGUGAGGAAGGUGACAGGAUGUGAAGUCAGUAUAGGCAUUGCACACAACAUCAUGCUCGCCCGAGUCGCUUCUCGCCGAGCAAAGCCUGCUGGAUCCUUCCACAUCUUCCCUCACAACGCGCAGGAGCUGCUCGCUCCUCUGGACAUUGACGACCUACACGGGUUCGGGAGCUCAGCCCAUCAGAAAGCGUUGGAGAAGCUCGGAGCGACUACCCUUGGCGAACUCGCGAAGAGGAGCAAAGCUACGUUGUGCGAGGCUUUGGGUAAGGGAACGGGCGAGACGCUGUACAACGUGAUACGCGGAAUCGACCAUCGGAGGCUCGAGUCUGACAAACCCCGUAAAUCCGUGUCUUGCGAUAUCAACUACGGUAUAAGGUUUGAGAACAACUCGCAAACUGAGGCGUUCAUCUUCCAGAUGGCGGAAGAGGUCGCGCGGAGGCUCGACAACAUCGACAUGCGCGGGCGAUCUUUGAUGUUAAAGAUUCUGAAGCGGGAUCCGAGUGCACCUGUGGAGGCACCGAAGUUCAUGGGGCAUGGGAUAUGCGAAUCGUUCAACAGGCAAACACCGCUGAUUGCGCCUGGCGGGCACGCGACGAGCGACGCCAAGGUUAUCGGAGAACACGCAUCGAGACUACUCAAGGGCUUCAACUUCGAUCCAAAAGAGCUCCGUGGUAUUAGCAUACAGAUCCAGAAGCUCGAGAAGGGUCCCGCCGCUACAGUCUCAGGGUCUGGGCAAGCUGUACUCCCCUUCAAGGCGAAGCCGACUAGGGCCGCGGUUGAGCCCGACCCGACAUCUUCAAAAUCACAAGCGAAGCGCGAUGUUCAAGCAGCUGGUCCUAGCAUCGUUGUAGAACCACCAUCGCAGGAUGAAGAGAUUCAAAUUGUCGAACGACCUCCCAAACUCAUAGGUGCCACUGUCGCAGUCGAUCUCCCGUCCUUCUCUCAAGUGGAUAUGUCGGUGUUCGAUGCCUUGCCUGAUGACGUGCGAAAGGAGCUCGAGACAGAGUACAACCGUCGGUCCACCACACCUGCUGCCGAAGCCGGACCCUCUCGCAGUCGAUCAGCCUCCAUAGCCGAAGAGCAGAAGCUCAAGAUCACCGUGAAAGGCACGAACGUCAAGCAUAUCACACGGCAGCUAGCACCAAGGAACAGGACCGGUAUGUCUCCGACCAAGAGCACGCUGUUCGCGAAGCGAGACGGGCCUUCCGGAAUUAACGUCUCUGAACGGGACCUACGCAAGCUCGAUAUCGACCCAGAGGUCUUCGUGAUGUUGCCCGCGGACGUACAGCGAGAGCAGCUAGCCGCGGCACGAAUUGCAAAGGCACCGGGGGCAGCCGUAUUCCACGAGCGAAAGGUGCUCAAGCCAAAGAGUCGAUCGAAGUCCCAGUCCGUGCCAUACUACCGGCCGCCCGCCCCGCGAGCGAAGUAUAUCGAGCCGCCGUUCCUGAAGCAGCAGGGCAAGGACGAGAAGCUCUACUUCACCGAAAAGGAGGACGUGCAGCGCGUGAUCGAGACGUGGGUUGACGGGUUUCGGGAAUACCCUCCGAACCAGAGGGACGUCGACUACUUCGCGAAGUACCUUGUUCAAUGCGUGGAUGGCUUGGGGUUGAGCGAUGCAGGUAUCGAGAAGGCGGUCGCAGUUGCACGUUGGUGGCUCGUGCUUCUGCGGAGACGCUAUGGAGUAUGGGAACAUGCUUCCGAGGCGACAGAAGACAGUGCCGGGCGAGUCACUACAGAGGUCGUCGGCCGUGCAUGGUGGAAAGCGUUCCGAGAAGUCAAAGCCAAGAUGGAUGUGGCUGCGAGGAAGAAGUACGGUGGAUCCUUGUCCAUUAGAUGAAAUGCGAAUUGAAACGGCCCCCGCCAGUCUGCAUGAUACAUAGUUCAGGUCAUUGCAUCGAAUUCAAACCUGACCACCUGCCUCUUUUGGCUCAGUCAGAUGAAGAUUGGCCGCGAUUUACUUCUCAACAGGCGCGCUGCAUCGUACCCCUUCACCUAGGUUAUCGUCGGACGAGGUUGAUAUGUUGGACGGAUCGCAGCACACAAGCUCUUCGCAUGCUCACGACUUCGAGGACGCUAACAAGACCUACUAUGAUAAACA